AUGAAACGAUUUAGUCCCACUGUGCAUCUACCAAUGAUGCCGCAAAGCUUGUUCUUCUGCUUUGGCAAGAGGCGCCAGCAAGUGCAAAACAAGCUCAUGCUCAUGUUCAUGUUCAUGAGCGCCUGGUCGACAUUGCUUUUUAAGAUAUUCAUACUGAUUGCACUGCUAUUCGGCCUGGCCAACUGUGAGCCGCCUGCGGGGAAGCGUCCAUUGAUCUUUAACAGCAGUCAAUGGCCGCCCAAGAGCGCGAAACAAUUGGGACGUCCCGCCAGCCUUGCAGGUGCACCACCAGGUGGCAAGCAGCGCACUCUGGUUGUACAGAUCCGCAGUGACCAGCCGGUGCCGUUGGUGCUGAAGGGUCGACCUGGCGCCCACGCCCACAGUCACGCCCAUCAGCAUUUGGCCUCACAUUCACACUCACAUGCCCAUGCGCAUCUUCCAUCGCAUUCGCUGUCCCACUCGCUCUCUCACUCGCACCCGCACUCGCAUGGCCAUAUGCAUUUGUUGCAUGCAGCGCCACCGCAACAUUUGCGAGGAGCACGUCCGCUCAAGAUCAGCGCUCCAGUGUAUUUAAAGCCCUCUGUUGGCCUGCGCAAGCCGCUGAAGAUCAAGCUGAACAACUCGAAGCCACAUUCAAAGCCCGUCUUUGGAUAUGAGAAGCCCUUCAAGUACGAGAAACCCACUGCGGUGUCCUACAGUGAACUUCAAAAUUUGCCGCUGGAUACACACAACAAUUACAACACCGAGCACUUUGCACCCAUUUACACGGUACCCGCCCCGAACCUGGCACCACUGCACCACGAUCACGACAAUCAGUUGGACGAUGGCUUAGACACCGCAUACCUGCCCCCACAAAACCCAUCCACACAGAGCACCCAACAACCCCCGUCACAGACUUAUGGAGCACCGUACAACGUGCAUGAGGAUGAAACGAAUGAUCAAACAAUUCGCGAUCCCAUUUCGGGCUCCCAGAAACUCUUUGCUCCAGAUCCAGAUCCGUCAUUGCCAACGAACAAAGUGAAGAUCGCAACGGAAAGUUUCAAUACGCCCAGCAACAAUAAGCCGCUCCCUGCGGAUGUCCAGAGUAACCAUCUGCCCGCCCAACCCCUCGUCCAGAUAGUUGGCGCCCAAGCGGCGGCCCAAACUGUGCCCAUCUAUCCCAUCCAGUUUACCCAGCAGGCGACACAGCCUUUCAUUGCUACCGCCGUGUCGGCAGCACAUAUUCCCAUUUACAAUCCCACGUAUCUGGUGACGCAGUCCAAUCAGCUGUACUCCCAGCACAAACAGCAGCUGUUCAAGCCCAGCACAGAGCAUGUGAUUGAGACGGGCUAUGUGAAUGCCGAUCUGACGCAGGAGGUGGCCAGCAAUGGACAAAUUCUGCAGGCCGCCAAGGAUCCGCAUCAUAACAUACAUCCGGUAUUGGAUGCAGCCCCACAAUAUGCAGCUCUAAUUGCCGCUCCCUCAUUGGGGGAGUCCGCCGAGCAAGUCUAUGAGACAGCGCCAUUCCAUCUGCCCAAUAUCGCCUCAGCGGUCACUUCAUCAGCACCCGAGGGCGGAUUUGUGGUGUCCAACUAUUAUGGCAACUCCCACGACUCUUCACAGCUGCUGCAGGCCUAUGCGGAGGAGGAAGCACGCCGCCAGCAGCUGGAAACUGAACAUGCUGCAUUUGAGCUGCAAAAACAGCAGCAACAGCAAUAUCAUUUGGAAGAGCUUCAGCUGCAGCAACAGCAACAACAACAGCAGCAUCAGCAGGAGCUUCAGCUCGAAGAGCUUAAGGCGCAAGCACAGGAGCAACAUUUCCAGCAGCAACAACAGGAACAACAUCGGCAAUACCUGCAACUGCAGCAGCAGCAACAGCAGCUAGAGCAGCAACAGGUACAGCAGCAACAGCUGCAGCAACAACAGCUACAGCAGCAGCAGCAACAGCUACAACAGCAACAGCAACAUCAACAGCUACAACAGCAACAACAUCAUCCUCAGGAUGCAGCUGCCACCGCAUUCGAAGAGCAUCAACGUUUGGUGCAACAACAGCUCGGCAGCACUACGCCAUUACGCAUCUUUGUGCCAGAUGAAGAAUCGUCCGACUCGCGUCUUCAGAAACGUUCGGACAAUCUAACGAAAGGUACUGUUAAGGAUGUGCAGCACAUAUUGGAUAGCGACAAUGUCUCAAAGGAUUUGUUUCCCGUUUCAACUUCUGUUGAAGUGACAGGCGGACAAAGUGACGUCAGCAGUAAAUAGUUGUUUGUUGUUGUUAUGACGAUACCUAUAUUUGUUUUACAAACAUUAUUUCUAAAUGUAUUCAUAUAGCAAGCAAGUCGAUAGUA